CUGUGGCGUACUGAAGGACUGACACGCUGCAAGUUCUAAUGCUGCCGUGGCUUGACGCAGUUGAACCAAACUCGAAGGGCGGGGUUUUCUUUCCAAAGAGCCAAUGAGAAGAACCCACGACCAAGCGACUGGUUUACAGAUGAACUUAAAGUCUGUCUGGCAUGUGGUAGAUAGCGCACCGAUAUUUCUGUGGAGUUAGUUACAGCUGUUCAAGACUGUGGGUACUGUGACAGUAUUAUUUAAAUAGACUGUAGAUGUAUUAAGUAGUAACAGUUAUGGUUACAAUAAACCCCGUUGCGCACAAACUCUUAAGUUAUGCUCCCUUUAUUCUUGUUUUGAUAGACCUGCGAUACGAAGGAGUGUAUUGUGGGAAGAAUGACAGUGUAGAGAAUCAUCUGGAGAUGGGGAAAAAGCUGCUGGCUGCUGGACAGCUGGCUGAUGCCCUGUCCCAUUUCCAUGCUGCUGUAGAUGGGGACCCAAAAAACUACAUGGCAUAUUACAGAAGAGCAACUGUUUACUUGGCAAUGGGAAAGUCCAAAUCUGCACUCCCAGAUCUGAGCAAAGUCAUUGAACUCAAACCAGACUUCACUGCAGCAAGACUGCAGAGGGGAAAUCUACUCUUGAAACAAGGGAAGCUGGAUGAAGCAGAAGGAGAUUUCAAGAAAGUGCUCAAAUCCGGGCCCAGCGAUAAAGAGGCGGCGGAAGCCAAAGCCCUGCUAACCAAGUCCGACGAGAUCCAGCGGCUGGCGGCCCAGGCGCAGAGCGACUUCGCGCGGAAGGACUACAGCUCGGCCGCGGCCCUCCUGGACACGGUCAUCGAGACAUGCGUGUGGGACGUGGGCUCCCGAGAGCUCCGGGCAGAAUGCAUGAUCCAGUUGGGAGAGCUGGGGAAAGCCAUCAGCGACCUGAAAGCCACCUCCAAACUGAAGAACGACAACACUGAGGCCUUCUACCAGCUCAGCGCCAUCUACUACCAGCUGGGCGACCAUGAAAUGUCCCUCAAUGAGGUACGUGAAUGUCUGAAGCUGGACCCGGAUCAUAAGCAGUGCUUCAGCCACUACAAGCAGGUGAAGAAGCUGAACAAGCAGAUACUCGCUGCAGAGGAGCUCAUUCAACAGCAGAGGUAUGGAGAUGCAGUCAGUAAAUACGAAUCUGUGAUGAAAACAGAACCGCACAUUUCCCACUACACAAAUCAGGCCCAGGAGCGGAUAUGCCACUGUUUGUCCCAGGACAAGCAAGCCACUGAAGCUAUCACAGUGUGUAGUAAAGUUCUGAAGUCAAACCCUCAGAAUGUGAAUGCGCUGAAGGACAGAGCUGAAGCCUUCCUGCAAGACGAGCAGUAUGAGGAAGCUAUCAAAGACUUUGAGAGCGCCCGCGAGCAUAACGAGAACGACCGCCAAAUCAAGGAGGGGCUGGAGAGGGCGCAGCGACUUCUCAAGCAGUCUCAGAAAAGGGACUACUACAAGGUCCUGGGAGUCAAGAGGAAUGCACAGAAGAAGGAGAUCAUUAAGGCCUACAGGAAGCUAGCGCAGCAGUGGCACCCUGACAACUUCCAGGACCCCGAGGAAAAGAAGAGGGCGGAGAAAAAGUUCAUCGACAUCGCCCAAGCCAAAGAGGUGCUUUCAGACCCCGAGAAGAGGAGCAAGUUUGACCAGGGCGAGGACCCUCUGGACCCAGAGAGCCAGCAGGGCAGGGGUCACCAUCACUUCCACGGAGGCUGGGACUCCUUCCAGGGCUUCAACCCCUUCGGCUCCGGGCCCUUCAACUUCAAAUUCAACUUCAACUGAAGCCCACCGCACCUAAUGGAGCCUGCCUUCUCUAAAAACCUCUUCGCCAGAGGGAAGCAUUCCAGUCGAAUGGAAGCAACACUAUGUUAAUUGCACUCAGGAAUACACACAGACGCACGCACUUCCUCCCUGACCACGGUGCCAUUUUGUUUUUUAAAUGUCUGGCCCGCCGUAAAUGGGUGUCUAUGCCAGGGAGUUACGAUCGCCCUGGGAACACUUUUCAUCCCACCCGCGUCCCCAGUCUGCUCCUGCUCUGUCCAUUCACGUGACAUCUGAGCGAUCUCAGACUGUACGGGCUGAAGGAAACAAGUUCAAUCCAAAACCAAAAAAAAAACUGUAAAUAGAUGCUAUUUUUAUAUGAUGGGAUUCUGAACUGUAAAUAAAAAUCUAUUUAUGCUUACUUAA